AUGUCUGAUGUUCGAAUGUGUCACACUGUAUGUUAAAAAUUUAGAUCGUGAACCACCGUGAACCUCGAAACAGGUAUUUCCGUUUACCUUCCUAUCAUUAGGAUAGGUAGACAACUGGCGCGUCAUAAAUUUGAACUAGGAAGGUUCCUCGUGUUUGCUUUCAAAUUGGCUACAACUCAAUAAUGAAUGAUUUGGCAAAUUUUUACGAGAGAUAACGUUUUGUUUUAUUUGGUCUAACUAGACAUUAGACAACAAACGAAUGUUUACUCAGAGGUGCUUCAAAUGUAUCGAACCACUCAUAUAACGCUGCGGGUGAUAAUGCUAACAACCAUCUGCUGAAGUUGUGCCCCCGUCGUCGCGGGGAUUUUUGAGUGGACGACAUGAUCAAGUCGUGUAAAUAUUUACAAACCAUCGAAAAGCCCGUAUGCUUUGCUACAAUCACUACUAGAGACAAUUGCCAUCAUUAGUCAAACUUCCCUGACACACACCACUUUUCUCCUCUCCCACAUUUCAGCCCCCACCCGAAGAAUGAAGAGUGCCAAGCUGCAGGCUGCCCUGGCCAAGCGCCGCGAAGCCGAGCAGAUCAAGUUCCAAAAGUCGGCGGCCGUCGAGCGGUACUACGACCAGUGGAGUCGCAUCACGUCGCGGUUCGACUCGUGGAACUCGCCGCAGUUCAAUCGGCAGGCCGAGGAAGCCGCCCGCAAACGCGAGGAAGCGGAAAAACGGGAAGCCGCUGUCGCCGAGCGGCGCGAGAAACUGCGUGUGCAAUUGCAACAGGAAAAGGAUGAUUUCCAGCGGGAGAUUAAGGAGAAAUUCCGCACCAAGCCAAAACCCAUCCCCACGGAACUUCUGGAGGGCGUACGAUCCCGUUUGAACGACGUAGAAGCGAAACGCCGCAUGGAUCUGGAAGCCCGACUGUACACCAAAUGGCGCAUGGGUUACGACCGGGACGCCGUGAUAUUGGACUCGAAGAGUUCCAGCCAAGCGAUGGCCAAACUAAACUGGAUGGAUCGUCAGGUGGAACUCCAGCUGCAGAAUGAAAAGGAACGCAAAGAAAAUCAGGAGAGGGAGAUUCGCUUGCAUGAGGAAGCUCGAAGGCACGAGGAGUUGCUGCUGGAGAAGAACAAGCUAAGGGAACAACAGAUUAAAGAAUUACGGAAUCACCAGGAGGUUCAUGUGAAAGAACUGAAAUCAAGAGAGCAGGAAAUGAACGAACUGAAAAUGUACGAAAUGCGACUGCGAACCAAGAAGGAAGAAUUCGAGAAAGAACUCGAACAACUUCGGGUGUACAAUGAUCGUCGGCGCGAUCGAGUGGUGGCCAUGCAUAACUUGAGGCGCAUCAAGAUGCUGCUUCGGGAGCGAUCGGAAGCGGUUCGCAACGAUCUGAAGCACGAUCUGCAACUGUUGCAGAGAAUAUCUAUUGACAAUCCGGAGUCGAACGAAAGUAUCGACUACCUGCGGAAGAAAUUCCAACUACAGUACGAUCUGGAGGUUGAUCAGCAGACGGCCAUCGAAACGAUGUACGAGUCGGAAGCCAAGCACAAUCUUUCCAAGUGGGAGGACAAGUGGAACGAGGAGGCGCUGAUUAGGGAACAGCAGCUGAGGUGCCUGUUGGAGGAUCGAAUUCUGGAUUUCGAGAGCAAACUCAUGGACACCAUCCAGCGGCAGCGUGAUCUGAUCGAUGUGCGCGAAACACACAUCAAAGCCAUUGAAGCCGCCAACCAGCAGCUGAAGGAGCUGAUGAGUGAAAAGGCCAAGGACCUCACAGUGGUUGGCUCGUCCAAUCAGGUUCGAGAGCUGCUGGUAGAGAAGGACAAUAGCUCACAACCGAGCAGACCAUCGACGUCUCAAAAUUCCCGUCGUAGUUCCACGUUUAGUAGCAUUUUUCCGUUUGACGAUUUGAGUGUGCGAGAUCUGAAGCUGUGCGAGCGGAAGCCUAUCGAUGUGGAUGGGACAGCAGUUCCACUGUCGGCGCCAAAGUUUGGCCGGAAGAAGGUAGCCUGGUGCUAGCGCGGUGCGAUGACUACGAUGGAGCAAAGUAUUUUUGCCACAAUUUUUAUACAACUCUCCAAAGACUACUAUUGUGUUCUAAGAAUAUCGGUAAGUGCCUAGCUAUAUGCAUUGAGAUUUUACUGAUUUUUGACGAUAUUAUUAAGCUAA